AUGUUUGGGGUCUCAGGCUAUGAUGGUGAUGACUUAGGAAGCACUUCCACCACUGCGGGAUUGCCACCAACAAAAACUGUUAUAACAGUGGGAAUUGUUAAGUCGGAAUUCGAGCAGGGAGAUACAAUUUGUCAUGUUUUGGGUGAUCCAGAGGAUACGAAUAAAGUUUGCCGAGUAAUCACCUACAGUAGUGUAAGUGGUUUAAGAGUUCCCAAUGUACUCUACGGUAUACUGUCAUUCCAUGUCCGUGAGCUUGCCAACGACUUAGAACUCAGGGCCUUCUGUUUUAAAGCGAAAAUUGCAAGACUGAAUUUUGAUAAGAACAUCCCCUCAAGGCUUUGUUUCGGUAUGGAGCCAGGAUCGUGUGGUGCUGCGGGUCCUCCUGCUGAUUAUAUAUUCGGAAGUGGUGUAAAAGUUGGAUUUUCUAAUUUGCAUGUUGGAUGGGGCUGCAAGAGCUUUGUCGGUAACGAAUGUGGAGUUUACUUUCAUUAUUUGAUUCGAAAUGGACAUCUCUGCACAACAGUCGACGAUGAGCACUAUGCUCUCAUCAUGUGA